AUGUCAUCACUAAACUCCGAAACUGAUGGUUUAAUAGAUGCACUUUUGCAAUCGAGCACAAAGAGUCCUGAAGAGAUUACCGAGGUUUUAGGCGUAUUAAGCGUUGCUCUUGAUGGUCCACGAGGCCCACAAGUGACUCAAGCAGUGUUAUCUGCAGUUCCACUCCCAAACUUUUUUACUUUUCUCGAGAGUCCGAGCGAAUCUGUUAUAAACGCGGCUGGAAUUGUAUUGGAGAAUAAUGACACAUUGAAAUUCCGUGUCAUUGAUUUACUCUCGCGAAUAGCAAAUAUUUCAGACGAAGCCUUUCAUCUAUGCGAAUCAUCCGGUGCUCUGUACAGUGUCGUGCCCAUUUUUCACUCUAACGAUAUACUACUUAGACUCAAUGCUGUCGAAUCCUUCAUUCAGGUUGCCGAAACUCCGACCGGAUACUUGUUUCUCAAACGAACGCGAAUAAUAGAAUCGCUCAUCGACAUGCUGGCGUUAGACGAAAACGACGUAGUGAGCGUGUUGUUGAAAUGUGGUGCAAUCAAGUUUUUUGGACGUGUUGAGGCAAUCGAAUUCGAAGAACUUGCGCGGACGCACGAAUUGAUCCCAAUUGCUGGAAA